AUGGUGGAUUUGCAGUCGCUGCAGUUUCUUCGCGUGCACGGAUUUGACUUCAAUGCCUUUCUGGAGCGGGCUCAUCCUUACUCGAGGCUCCCACCGCUGGGCCACAAGCUCGCGGGCAACGCGCAUGCGAAGGCGACGCCAGUCCUCCAAGCGCUGCGGGAUGCUAAGGUUCCUCUGGUCUUGCACAAUGGCUUGCUGGACAUGCUCCAUGUCUACGACAAGUUCAUUGGCGACCUCCCACAGGACCGCGAGGCCUUUGGCAAGGCCUGGGUGGAGCACUUCCCCAUGCUCUUCGACACCCGGGUGCUGGCGCAGGAUGGGCGGUUCCACGUGCUGCAGCAUGCGGGCGGCUUUAGCCUGGUGGCUCUGGUGGCGGAUGACCCACGUAUUGCGGCCCUGCGUGUUCCAAGCGUAUCCGCUCUAGCCGUUUUCGGCUUAAGGAGCCCCAGCACGGUCGCCAUCGACUUCACCGUCCGCGCCAUAGGUAUUCCACUGCUCUUGCUUAAGCUGCCCAGGCCUCUGCUAUCGCUAGAGGGAGGGUGGGCGCACACGAACUUUCUAAGUGAGGAGGAGCGGUGCACGACUUUCGCCAAGGCUGCCCACUCUGCGGGCUACGACGCCAUGGUCACAGCCGAGGUCUUCCUCAUGGAAAUGGACCGCUGGAUCCGCCACGUGAACAGCAAUGCCAUGCCCGAAAAUGAAAACGCCUGCGAGCCAGCUUCCAAUGGGCGCAAGCGCAAGCGCUCGGCUGAUGCAGUGGAGGGCCUUUCCUCUCCGAGCCAGCUCGAAAGCCACGAGGCCUGCCGGCGGUUCCACAACCGUGUGGCGCUGGUGAACACCUCCCCGGGCUCCAUGGAUUUAGUGCCCAAAGAGGCUGAGCCGCUGCUGGAAGGGAAGGAAAAAGAAGGAGGGUUCAGUGAGUUCAGUUCCAGCUUUCGGGUUUGA